UAUUACUCUUGAAGUUCUAAAUAGGCGCGUGCUUGAAUUUCACAGCUGAACAGCACACAAUUUUGUCGUUUCUGUGUUAAAAAUAAUUGAAAUAUACUAUAACUUAACCAUGCUGCACAUACUGUACGUCCUCACGUAACACGCCAGUCAGGCGCAAGUUUUAUUUCGUCGGAGAGCACACGUGAUCACGACAAUCCUCUUUACUCGAGGAAGGAAUGUAAAUUUACAUUUCGAAGAAACGCUGCAUUUUUAUGAAAUACGACUUCGCCGAAGCGCUAUCUCAGCGAUUUUGUGAGCUUUUUUUUUUAAAGAAACAGGUUAGAAACAUCACUUUAGAGAGAGAGAGAGCACGAUGCAUCAUUCCCUUCAAUUGCCUCAGCAUCAAAUCCUUCUCUGGUCGACUCAAGAAGGAUGCUGAAGAUGUGAUGACCUGAUUGAUAAGAAAAUGGCCAAAUUCGUCUUCACAGACAGACCACACUGACCUUGAGAUGAUAAAAAUAAAAUGCACAUUUGGAAAACGAUGACAUCAUCUUCACAUUGUAAAGAGGACUAUGCGUUACUGGGGAGUCACGGAAACGCUCAGACCAUCGCUCCAUGCAGACCAGGUUUCUCCCAGAGUUUCUACACCGUAUUUGUCCCCAGGGGUGUGCUGCAAGGCCUGAACAUUCACAAAGAUAAGCAAGACAAUAUUACCGAGUUUGCGUGGCAUGAUGAUACCCUGCUGUCAUCUGGCCAUGUGAAGUUCGAAACCUGUCAACAAAUAGAGGAGGUUUCUUUCGAAAGCAGUGACCCAAAGUUCAGCGUUUUGCCGGAUGGCUCUCUUUACGCACAGCAACAUGUGACAAAUCUAACUGAACCCAUCCAGUUCAUGGUGACGGCCAGAGACAGCGCUGGCAAGUAUAUCUGGGAGACCACUGUUAAACUGGCCCUCGCCGGACACCUGCUAUCACCUCCUGUUAACCAGUUUACUUUGGAUGGUAUUUAUGGCGGAUCCUCCCACAGCCACUAUCAAAAUCCCAGGGUCAUUACGUUUCCACGACAACACCAGCGAGGCUCGUCCAAUGGGCUGCGGCGACAGAAGCGAGACUGGGUCAUUCCACCAAUCAACGUGCCUGAAAACUCCAGAGGACCCUUCCCUCAAGUUCUCGUCAGGAUUCGAUCGGACCAGGACAAAGAGAUUGAGAUUCGGUACAGUAUAACAGGAGCCGGAGCAGACCAGCCUCCCAAUGACGUCUACAUCAUUGAUCCUGUGACAGGGAAAAUGUCUGUCACUAAACCUUUGGACAGAGAGGAGAGAGCCUCCUACCAUCUCCGAGCUCAUGCAGUGGAUGUUAAUGGGAACCAAAUGGAGCCUCCUAUUGAUCUGUACAUUUAUGUCAUUGACAUGAAUGACAACAGACCCGAGUUUAAGAACCAGGUCUACAACGGAUCAGUUGCAGAAAUGUCCAAGCCAGGCACUUCUGUAAUGCAGGUAACGGCCUUUGACGCCGACGACAGCACCACAGCAAACGGGCUGGUGCACUAUCGCAUCUUGAGCCAGACGCCACACAUCCCCAUUCCCAACAUGUUUACUAUUAACGGAGCCACGGGAGAGAUCAGCACCAUCGCUACAGGCAUCGACAGAGAGAAAGUGUCUCAGUACACCAUCAUAGUCCAGGCCACCGAUAUGGAGGGCAGCCUAAACUUCGGCCUGUCCAACACCGCUACGGCCCUCAUUAGCAUCACUGACAUCAACGAUAACCCUCCGGAGCUGGACUCUAAAACAUUCCUAGGGGAGGUCCCAGAGAAUGCUGUGGGCGUGGUGGUGGCCAAUUUGACAGUCAGAGACAAGGACCAGCCUCAUACACCAAAUUGGAACGCUGUCUAUAGAAUUACUGGAGGAGAUGCGAUGGGCCAUUUCGCUAUACGCACUGAUGAGAUCACCAAUGACGGCAAGGUCAUAGUGGUUAAGCCGGUUGACUAUGAGAGGAAUGAUGCCUUCACGCUGAUGGUGGUGGUGUCGAACCAAGCUCACCUGGCCAGCGGGAUCCCCUCCUCGCCUUCCUCAUCUGCUGCUGUUUCCAUCAAAGUACUGGAUGUCAAUGAGGCCCCCGUCUUUCCUUCCAACCCUAAAAUCAUCCGUUUUGAAGAGGGAGUACCUGCUGAAACCACCCUCGCUACUUUUGCUGCACUGGAUCCAGACCGCUUCAUCCAGCAGACUAUCAGGUACUCCAAACUGUCAGAUCCAGCCAACUGGCUGAAAAUCAACAGGACCAAUGGAAGGAUUACCACCACGGCGGUGCUGGACCGUGAAUCGCCGUAUAUGAAGAAAAACGUGUAUGAAGCGACCUUUUUGGCCGUGGACAACGGUUCCCCUCCUGCCACAGGAACUGGUACUCUCCAGAUUUAUUUGAUAGAUGUGAAUGACAACGUGCCUGUCUUAGUUCCUCAAGAGGCUCUGGUCUGCGAGAGGUCACGACACGGGUAUCCAGUCAACAUCACAGCCUCAGAUUUAGAUUCAGAGCCCAACGCCGGCCCGUAUGUCUUUGAGCUGCCCUCUUACCCCUCUUCUGCCCGCCGUAACUGGACCAUUUCACGCCUGAAUGGUAAUUAUGCCCAGUUGAAACUCCGGAUCCCAUACCUGGAGGCAGGCAUGUACAGAGUUCCCAUUUUAGUUUCCGACUCGGGAAACCCUCCGCUGUCCAACACCUCUGUCUUGAAGGUGAAGGUGUGUCCCUGUGAUGAAAACGGAGACUGUACUGUGAUCGGGGCAGUGACUGUGGCCGGGCUGGGAACCGGAGCCAUCAUCACCAUCCUCAUCUGUAUCAUUAUACUGCUCAGUAUGGUUCUGUUCUUUGUGGUGUGGGUGAAGCGAAGGGAGAAGGAGCGUCAGACGAAACCCUUAUUGAUCGACCCUGAGGAUGACGUCAGAGAUAAUAUCCUGAAGUAUGAUGAAGAGGGAGGAGGAGAGGAAGAUCAGGACUAUGAUCUGAGUCAGCUGCAGCAGCCCGAGUCUCUAGAUCACAUAAUGAGCAAGCCUGCAGGUGUGCGGAGAGUGGACGAGAGACCCGUUAUCCUAGAAUCUCAGUACCCUGUCCGGCCCACGGUGCCACACCCAGGGGACAUCGGGGAGUUCAUCAUUGAUGGUCUGCGCGCGGCGGAUAAUGACCCCACUGCUCCUCCCUACGACUCCCUGCUGGUGUUUGACUACGAGGGCAGUGGCUCCACAGCGGGCUCCGUUAGCUCCCUGGACUCCUCCAGCUCUGGAGAACAGGACUACGACUACCUCAAUGACUGGGGUCCACGCUUCAAAAAGCUGGCAGACCUCUACGGAGGAGGGGGAGAGGACUGAAGGUGGAAACUCGAGGAAGACGGAGGGGAACGGAGAGGGCCAGGAGGGACAAUUGGCUUCUCGGAUGUUUUAUCGAGAAGUCGUACGCCAAGCCUCCAAGUGGGCUGAUUAUCUCUCAACUAAAGUUCCUCUGCACGCUACGGAGGCAUCGAGAGGGGAGGAUAUUGCCCUGCAGCCUGCUCUGGACCUUUGCUGCAAUCCACAAGUAUUUUACGGCUUUUUACAAUAUUUCGCGUUGUGGUUUCUUCAGUGUUGUUUUGUCACUCCUCUCGGACCACCUAGAGGCUCAAGAUGGAAUCGAGUUGCGACGAUGAAUUCUCGGCGUGCGGGAAUCAAAAAAAAAAACGAGUGCGCACGCUCGUUUUUCUGUUCGCUUUAUCACUAAAGAGAGUUCCACACACACUUUUUCUCUCGACUUGAAUUUCAGUAGAACAGAAGCACUGUUGUUGAUAAAGUGCCUUUUGUGGUGUGUUUUGUAUCGGACUCCUGCAAUCUCAGGGUCGGUUGCCAUUUUGAAAAGUUUCUUCUGUUGGGCACACACUCCCCCGUUCCUGUCUGCUCCUCUCGACUACCUUUUUGCUUUCCGUUCAUCGCUGCAUUACCGGUGCAGAACGCCUCUUUGACUACUAUGUGGAAAACAAACAAAGGAAACAGAGAAUGUUUUGUCAAGACUUUUGUUGAUAAACACAAGACUCAUUUUCCCUUCAGAAAUCUCAUUCUACCUUGAGAAAUUGGAGUGUAUGAAGUACAGUUAUUCAAUUCGAAAAAUCUUUUCUUUUUCUUUUUGGUUUAGGAUUUGUUUUUUUUUUAACUUGACCGACCACGACCAUAUAAUGUUAUGUUGUGUAAUGGUUGUGUAAAAAAUCAAGGUCUUUAUUUUAAAAGAAGAAAAAAAAUAUUACUGGAGAAUGCCUUUUAGCUCAUACUCUUGCCUGCCUUGUACGAUUUUGUGUUGCGUUUCCGAAUUGUAAAGGUAAUUUAGGCAUGACAAGUUGCCAGACAGUGAGACUAAAAGUGAUGGCUGAAGAAACCCGACUCUAAAAGGAUUGCAUCAGAAGAAACCUUCUUUUUUGUCUUGAACAUUCCCCUUUUCUAACUUUAUAAGUUGAUUAAAAUAUUAUACGUGCAUGACUUCUUUCAAAACAAUGUCUCAAAUCUCUCGCACUUGUUCCUCUGUGGUCAGAAUGUGAAAAGUAGUUGGCAAAGAAUAUACACCAUACGGAAUAAAUAUAAUCUGAACAAAAAAUAAAUAAAAAACAAACAAAAAAAGAUUCAAAAUGUUUAAAAUGCUGUAAAAUACUUGUUUUGAAACAUUUGCUGCUCUUCAAGCUCCAAGUCGGGCUAAAUGACAGUGUCUGGGCCCAUUUGGUUUUAAUUGUGUGUGAAUGUGUGUGUGUGUGUGUGUGAGUGUGUGUUUGUCUAUAUCCUGUAGGAUUUUUAAAUUCUCUUUUUAUAUGUUUGUCUUUUGUAUUUUUCUCUUUAGGUUUUGCGUUUAUUCUUUGGCUAUGAGAAAUGCAGCAGCGUUCUUUUUGUCUUGUCGUUCUGAAGAAAGUCUGUCUCGUACGUUCUGUCCCUGGAUGAGGGUCUAAACCUGCAUUGCAGAGAAGCUUACAAUCAUGCCUGCUCCACCAUUCAGUGUAACUGAUUUCUCUUUCCAUUCAUCUCAAAUAUUGGAUGUGGUUUAGAGAAUAAACAAUCACAUUUUUUGAAAAAAAAGAAAGAAAAAAAAAAGACAAAUUCUCAAGUCUCUGUCCUGUCCAUAAUAGGUUCAUGUCUCUUUUCUUCUCUCUCAUGCUUCCAUGUCCCACCUUUCAGCUGCUUGUCAUAAUGUUUUCUAGGCAUGAGUGAACAUUGCAUUAUGCCAUCAAGUGACAAUUGAAUUUAGCUGAUAUAUCGAGUAUGGGAUUUCUGAUUAAGCCAUAAAAUCAGGCCAUUUUAAAAUGGCAGCGUGAUUAUCAUUAGAACUUCUGGAUUUCCAUGCAUUACCAUUAAAUUAACAUUGACUUAACAUAACUUUGGAUGACUGCUCCUCCUACACAUUUGCCUUCGGAAGCAUUAAUAAUGAAGCACUCUGUCCAGUGAUGACAACACUUAUCUGACAGAAAGUUUCCUGGACUUUUCACAUGUAUUUAAAUGAGCCAUGAAUUUCUGUCCCAUGACCCAGUGAAAGGUCAGUGUACUCAAAGGGCAUAUGGCAUAAUUAAAACAUAAGGCCCACCACUAAUGACGAAUCUCUGGGAGUGGAUUAA